UAGGAGACUAGAAGGAAAGAAUAGUCGAGAGAGGAUAUUCAUACUCAGGUGCUGUUAAGUAUCCUAGUGUGUCUUCACUGUACCUUGUCCUUUCUUCUGAAGAAUGGCCCUGUCUAAGAGGGAGCUGGAUGAACUGAAGCCAUGGAUCGAGAAGACAGUGAAGAGAGUGUUGGGUUUUUCAGAGCCUACAGUGGUCACAGCAGCGUUAAAUUGUGUAGGAAAGGGCAUGGAUAAAAAGAAAGCAGCUGAUCACUUAAAGCCCUUCCUUGAUGAUUCUACUCUCCGAUUUGUUGACAAACUGUUUGAGGCAGUGGAAGAAGGCCGGAGUUCCAGGCAUUCCAAGUCUAGCAGUGACAGGAGUCGAAAACGAGAAUUGAAGGAGGUGUUUGGUGAUGACUCAGAGAUAUCUAAGGAGUCAUCAGGGGUGAAGAAGAGGCGAAUACCAAGGUUUGAGGAGGUGGAGGAAGAGCCAGAGGUAAUUCCUGGACCACCAUCUGAGAGCCCAGGCAUGCUGACUAAAUUACAGAUCAAACAAAUGAUGGAGGCAGCUACAAGGCAGAUUGAAGAAAGGAAAAAACAGCUGAGUUUCAUUAGUCCUCCUACCCCUCAGCCAAAGACUCCUUCCUCCUCCCAACCAGAGCGGCUGCCAAUUGGCAAUACUAUUCAGCCUUCUCAGGCUGCCACCUUUAUGAAUGAUGCCAUCGAAAAGGCACGGAAAGCAGCUGAACUACAAGCUCGGAUCCAAGCUCAGCUGGCACUGAAACCAGGACUUAUUGGCAAUGCCAACAUGGUUGGGUUGGCCAACCUUCAUGCUAUGGGCAUUGCUCCCCCGAAGGUGGAGCUGAAGGACCAGACAAAACCUACACCCCUGAUCCUGGAUGAACAAGGCCGAACAGUAGAUGCUACUGGCAAAGAGAUUGAAUUGACACACCGAAUGCCAACACUAAAGGCCAACAUUCGGGCUGUGAAGCGAGAACAGUUCAAACAGCAGCUCAAGGAGAAGCCAUCAGAGGACAUGGAAUCCAACACAUUUUUUGAUCCUCGAGUCUCCAUUGCACCUUCCCAGCGCCAGAGACGUACCUUUAAAUUCCAUGAUAAGGGCAAAUUUGAGAAGAUUGCCCAGAGAUUACGGACAAAGGCUCAGCUGGAGAAACUGCAGGCAGAGAUCUCACAGGCAGCCCGAAAAACUGGCAUCCACACUUCAACCAAGCUGGCACUCAUUGCCCCUAAAAAAGAGCUAAAAGAAGGAGAGAUUCCUGACAUUGAGUGGUGGGAUUCCUACAUUAUCCCCAAUGGUUUUGACCCUACAGGGGAAGCUCCCAAAAAAGAAGACUACUUUGGGAUUACAAACCUUGUAGAGCAUCCAGCCCAGUUAAAUCCUCCAGUGGACAGUGACACGCCAGUGACGCUAGGGGUGUACCUUACCAAGAAGGAACAGAAGAAACUUAGGAGGCAGACACGGAGAGAAGCUCAGAAGGAACUACAAGAGAAAGUCAGGCUGGGUUUGAUGCCUCCUCCUGAACCCAAAGUGAGAAUUUCCAACCUAAUGAGAGUAUUAGGCACAGAAGCUGUUCAAGACCCCACAAAAGUGGAAGCCCACGUCAGAGCUCAGAUGGCUAAAAGACAGAAAGCGCAUGAAGAGGCCAAUGCUGCCCGAAAACUAACAGCAGAACAGAGAAAGGUCAAGAAAAUAAAAAAGCUAAAAGAAGACAUUUCACAGGGGGUACACAUAUCUGUAUAUAGAGUUCGAAAUUUGAGUAACCCAGCCAAGAAGUUCAAGAUUGAGGCCAAUGCUGGGCAGCUGUACCUUUCAGGGGUGGUGGUGCUUCACAAGGAUGUCAACGUUGUGGUGGUAGAAGGGGGCCCUAAGGCACAGAAAAAAUUCAAGCGUCUAAUGCUGCACCGGAUAAAGUGGGAUGAACAGACAUCUAACACAAAGGGAGAUGAUGAUGAUGAGUCUGAUGAGGAAGCUGUGAAAAAAACCAACAAGUGUGCAUUGGUUUGGGAGGGCACAGCCAAAGACCGAAGCUUUGGAGAAAUGAAGUUCAAACAGUGCCCCACAGAGAACAUGGCCAGGGAGCAUUUCAAAAAGCAUGGGGCUGAACAUUACUGGGACCUUGCACUGAGUGAGUCCGUGUUGGAGUCCACCGACUGAGAGAGCUACAGACCCCACCCAUUCCUCUCCACUGCCUUUGUCCCUCCAGUUUCCCUUUAUUUCUCCAUCCCAACCUCUCUUAUGUAUGUUUCUGUGUGUCUCUGUGUGCGCACGUGUGUGUAUACAAACACAAUCGUGCACAUGUGUGAGAGAUCUUUAAAAACUACCAGGCAGAACUGGGACUGAGGGAGAACUGCUCCAUUCCCCAGUCUGCUCUAGUGCUGCCUUCCUUUUCCCUUUCUGUGCAUAUGAUUAAAGAAUUAUUUUUAAA